AUGACAUUCCCUCUGGUGCACAGUCUGUGGAUAUUGAAUAAAGCAGGCGGAUUGGUGUACUCGCGGUCUUUUUCUGAUCAAUUGCCGGGGCUCAACUCUAAUGAGCAGCUCGUGUUGGCUGGCACAUUGCACGGUGUGCAUGCCAUCUGCUCGCGCAUUUCCCCAAUCACGACCUCUAAAUGCAGCGGUGUACAAGUACUCGAAUCCGAUUCGUUCGAUCUAACUAUCUUCUUGACAAGGACUGGCACAAAAUUCGUCCUGAUUACCACACCAGGUCAUCCAGCUACCCAGGCACUCCUCAGUAGGGUUUACGAGGUUUACGCAGACACAGUAAUGAAAAAUCCUUUCCAUAUACCUGAAAUGCCAAUACGGAAUGAAAUUCUCGACAGGACGCUCGAUGGAUUCCUGCGAACACCCGAUUUUAUGACUCAUUAG